UACCACUAGACCAGUACAUCUUCUUCACACAUUUAAAGUCGAUGGAAACAACUAGAGGAAGAAGAAAGUAGAAAGACUCGGAGGAGGAGGAGGAGAUGCCCACAAUCUGUCCUCGUUUUCCAUGUGAUCUUUCUCCUCUGGCCACUCAAUACUAUAACACACUGCGAUUCAAUCCAAGUAGUUCAACUCCGAAUCCCAUAAAAUGCAGGCGCAGGAUCAUCACACUCUCCACAUCCUCAGCUCCGGGAGAUGUUGACUUGAAUCCUCUGAUGUCUGCCCUGUCAAAGAAAGAUAGUCAAUCUGUGGAGGAGGCACUUGAUGAACUGCGCAAAGUCGGUUGGGCUAAAAGAUGGAGCUCUCAGCCAUAUGUUUCUUGCCGCACGACAUAUGUUCGAGAGCUCACGUCACUGGGGAUGAAAAAUGCUGAGAAUCUUGCAAUCCCAAGUGUUAGAAAUGAUGCUGCAUUUCUCUUCACAGUAGUAGGAACUACGGGGUUUUUGGGUGUUCUUGCCGGUCAACUCCCUGGGGAUUGGGGUUUUUUUGUACCCUAUUUGGUUGGGAGCAUUUCCCUGAUAGUUUUGGCUGUUGGAAGCGUUUCCCCUGGGCUUCUCCAGGCAGCCAUUGAUGUGUUUUCCUCAUUUUCCCCUGAAUACAAGGAUAGGAUCACUAGUCAUGAAGCAGCUCACUUCUUAGUGGCGUACUUAAUUGGCAUUCCCAUCCUUGGCUACUCGCUUGAUAUUGGGAAAGAGAAUGUCAAUCUCAUUGAUGAGAGGCUGGAAAAGCUGAUAUAUAGUGGACAACUUGAUUCAAAAGAAUUAGACAGGCUAGCAGUUGUAGCAAUGGCAGGCUUGGCUGCAGAAGGUCUAAAGUACAAUAGUGUGCUGGGGCAAUCAGCAGAUCUCUUCACUCUUCAGAGGCUUAUAAAUAGGAGCAAGCCGACACUUAACAAAGAGCAACAACAAAAUCUGACUAGAUGGGCAGUUCUAUUUGCGGGCUCACUGAUUAAGAAUAAUAGAGGGGUUCAUGAAGACUUGAUGGCAGCCAUGUCGAAGAACGCUUCAGUAAUAGAAUGCAUAGAGACGAUUGAGAAUGCUGCGGGUGCUUGAAUUCUUGUUUCUUUGUGUGCGUGAACACAUACACUGAUGAUACACACGUUCACUUUUCACAAUAAGUCAGAGCGAGUCCUCUUGUUAUACCCAAUAUGGAAGAAAAAACCUUAAUCUUGAAUAAUAUACGGUUGUGGGUGCUUCAGUAGGCCAGGGUAUAUAAGUUGGUCACAUUUCAUUACAUGAAUCAAAGAACUACUUUCACUACAUUUCGGUUGUCUCACGAAAGCGAUUUGUCAUUUCUAUGCUUGGUGAUGAUGGUGCCACAAUACCCCAUAUACACGGACUAGAUACUUUCACUUUGUGACAUAUCAAUAAAGUGAAAUCUCUA